AUGUCUGACGACGUCUGUGGUCCCUCUGGGGCCCUCAAAAGUUUCGGGAGACAUGUCAACCAGGACCAGUCCCGCCAUCAAGACCGAGCGCGGCCCGCUCCUGGGGCUUCUCAAGCCAACUUCCGGUCUACGCCGGCUGGUCCCAGCAAUGAGGCUGAGUUUCGAGCCUUUGCCUCUGGCUCCAACCUCAUCCUUCAGCCUGGCUCUGAACUCAUUGACCCGCGGCUCACUUCCCAGGAUAUGGCCACAUUUCGUCCUGGGAUGCACCAUCCGCAGAUGGGUUUCGCCAGUCCUGGCCCUGUUACACCUGUCGGUAUGCCGACUGCAGGCCCUGUUACUAUGCCCAUUGCCGGUCCUGUUGCCGGUCAGAUGCAAGGUUUUCAUCGUCCCCCUGUUGCCCAGGCUGCUGGCAACUGGGCCCAGGAAUUUUCUGCAAUGAACAACCAGAGCCAGGUCUACCCCUCGUCAGCAAGCCAUUUGGCGGAGCCUUACGUGGUCCAACAUGCUCCUCAGCCGCACAUGCAGCAUGCUGCCUUUGGCCCGGGUCAAGCUUUCAGGCCCAUGAUGCAAGCUUACCCGGGUGUUGUGAACUAUCAGCAGCCUGCUUUUCAGCAGCCAACCUUUCAGCAGCCGGCUUUUCAGCCGAUGCCUGCUUUCGCUGCUGCCAGCAAUCAAAAUGCAGCUUUCCAAGCCCGCGUCGUCAUGGCGGCCCCAGUCACGGGCAGCAAUCUCAUUGGGGGCCUCACCGAGGCAGAGCUGGAUGCCCGAUUCGCUCAGCUUGAGUCGGACUUUGAGUUCGCAAAUGAAAUGGAUGCUUGGAUGGCCGAGUAUGGCCCAACCCCGGCAGAGCGCGGACAAACAGCGACCACUGCUCACCAGGAAGAAAAUGUGGACGAGAUUCUUGAGCAGCUUGCUGAGGAGCUUGAGGCCCAGAAACUCGCCGAGGCCGCUACUGUCGGUGCCGCGAUUGCUACUCAGACUUCCCAGAAUACCUUGCCAGAGUUCAUGGGCGAAGAGCACACGCGGGCUCACAACAACGAACUCCGUCAGGAGCAGUUGACUCAGGCUCUGGAGCAAGAGGAGGAGUCCUCGCCGACGCAAGAGCAGAUCGAACAGGAUGAUCUUGCCCGAACGGCUGAGCAGAUUGUCAACACUCUGGAUGCCCACCCGAACGAGCGCUACCGUGAGUCGGCCUUUGUUGGCCUGAUGCGCCGGAUUCAGGCCCGCGAGGUCACCGUCCAGGGCGACGUGCUCGUUGACUCGACGACUGGCUUGCCAGUGGAGUCAGCCGUUUUGGCUGCCGAGCAUUCUGACACUGGGGCUGGAAUUCCCAUUCCGCCUGCUGGAUCGCAGCAGGAGGUGGCUUAG